AUGGAGGUCUACGCAGACGACAUGCUUGUGAAAAGUUUGGAAGCUGGGGACCACGUGACGCACCUCAACAACACCUUCCAAAUCUUGAAAAUGGCGACCAUCAAGGGCCAAGCCUUGGCUGAUUUUGUGGCAGAAUUUGCCAAUUUACCCGAGGUGGAUGAAAUCAUGGAAAAUGCUGAGCGCCCUACGUGGAACUUAUUCGUGGAUGGAUCGGCUGGGGAUACUGGCUCAGGUGCCGAAGUUGUCCUCAUCAGUCCGGAAGGUCACAAGCUGAACUCAGCUAUGAGGUUCGGGUUCAAGGUCACCAACAAUGUGGGAGAGUAUGAGGCAAUUCUUGCGAGCCUCAGAUUAGCCAGAGAAAUGCAAGUGAAGAGGCUACUUAUCAGAAGUGAGUCCCAACUGGUCGUUAGCCAGGUGAACGGAAACUUCUCAGCCAGAGACAAAACCAUGGCCUCCUACUUGAAAACGGUGAUGAACCUCGUCCCAUCCUUUGAAAAGUUUGAGUUGAUCCAGAUCCCCCGCAUUGAAAAUGCACAUGCGGAUACACUCUCCAAACUUGCAAGUAGCAAGGACUCCGAACUACUCACAGUAGUCCUAAUAGAGCACCUCCUCAUACCAUCAACCGAGGCCUCUAAUGUGAUCUUACAAGCUAAGGAGGAGGUCAUUCAUUUUCUCUUCAUUGAUGAUGUACUCUACAAGAGGAGCUUCUCCUUUCCACUCCUUCGAUGCAUGGGAGGAGAAGAGGCUACCUAUAUCUUAAGGGAAGUCCACGAGGAAGUUUGCGGCAACCACUCUAGAGGUCUAUCUUUGGCGCAAAAAAUACUGAGACAGGGGUACUAUUGGCCUACUAUGAAAAAGGACACCCUCCAGUUUGUACGAAAAUGUGACAAAUACCAACGAUUUUCUCCUAUCCAAAGACAACCAUCACAAGACUUGACCACAGUCUUUAGCCCCUGGCCCUUCUUGAAGUGGGGUAUGGACCUCAUAGGUCCUCUACCGAAAGGCAGAAGAGGCACGAGCUUUGCAAUUGUGGCCAAUGAUUACUUCACAAAGUGGGUUGAGGUUGAACCAUUGACAAAAAUCACAAAAGCAAACACUUCCAAAUUCUUGUGGAAGAACAUUAUAUGCCAGUUAGGGAUUCCCCACUCAAUCAUCUCAAACAAUGAUAAACAAUUCGACAACAAGAAGGUCAAAACUAAUGGCGAGGUUGAGGCUAUGAACAAGACCAUCAAACACGUCCUAAAAAGGAAGCUUGAUGUGUUAAAAGGGGCUUGGGUGGGUGAGCUGCCACAAGUGCUUUGGGCAAUUCGAACCACUACGAGGACCCCCACAGGGGAAAUACCUUUCUCAUGGCAUUCGGAACUGAGGUGA